AUGAGUCCCAACACUGCCAAAGAUAAUGGGCAUGGUAUCCCAAUUCCCAUCACAAACAAAGACCUCUUUGACACUCGCGGCCUGGUCGCAGGUUCAUGGAGAACCCCACCAGACGGCAAAUCUUUCCCUGUCUACGAACCGUCAUCUGGCAAAGUCCUUCGGGAAUGCUCUGACUUCGGACAUCAAGACUUUGUCGAUGCUAUUGAUGUAGCUGAUAAAGGAUACCGACAAUUUUGGUCCUCAACAACAGCUAAGGAGAGGGGAAGCCUCCUUAGGUCGUGGUACGAGCUGAUUCUUGAGAAUGCCGAUGAUUUGGCUGUGAUUCUCUCGCUGGAAAAUGGUAAGACCCUGGCCGAAGCUCAAGGCGAAGUCAAAAUGGCAGCCUCGUACGUCUCCUGGUUUGCCGAAGAAGCCACCCGAGCCUAUGGCGAGACGAUUCCCUCGUCUUUUCAUGAAACCGCGGUGCUCACGUUCAAGGAGCCCGUGGGAGUCUGUGGUAUUAUAACGCCGUGGAACUUUCCGGCUGCGAUGAUCACGAGGAAAAUCGCACCUGCGUUCGCCGCUGGAUGCUCCGUGGUGAUAAAGCCACCAAGCGAGACACCGUUCAGCGCCAUCUCAUUGGCAAAACUAGCUGUCAAAGCUGGCAUCCCAGAGUCAAUUAUUCACGUGGUUCCCACAAAGGAUCGGCAGGCAUCUCUUGAGUUGGCAACGAACCCCAAGGUUAAGAAGCUGAGCUUUACCGGGUCUACAGGAGUAGGCAAGAUGCUCACGAAACUGGCGGCAGGGACCAUGAAGAAAGUGAGCAUGGAGCUAGGUGGAAAUGCGCCUUUGAUCGUAUUUGAGGACGCGAAUCUGGACUGCGCAGUACAAGGAGCCUUGACUGCCAAGUUUAGGUGCGCCGGCCAAACGUGCGUGUGUGCUAACCGGAUAUACGUGCAAAACUCGGUCGUGGAAACAUUUACAGCUAAGCUCGUGGAGCGUGUGGGUAAGCUUUCUCUUGGUAAGGGCAUUGAGCAAGGCACGACCCUCGGGCCCCUCGUCAACGCCGCAGCCGUGAACAAGGUAGCGCACCAGGUAAAAGACGCCGUUUCAAAGGGGGCGGUCGUGAGAGCCGGCGGCAAACCGCCAGGUACAGACGGCUUCUUCUUCGAGCCCACCGUCAUCACGGGUGCAACAAAGGAGAUGGAGGUUGCAGCUGAUGAAACCUUCGGACCCCUCGCGGCCAUUUUCUCGUUUGAGACUGAAGAGGAAGUUAUAGCCUUGGCCAACGAUACGGAAUUUGGUUUGGCAGGGUAUUUCUUUUCCAAGGAUAUCGGGCGCGUUAUGAGAGUGGCUCGUCAGCUUGAGUGCGGUAUGGUGGGUGUCAACACCGGCAUUAUGACGGCAUGUGAGUCGCCAUUUGGAGGCAUUAAGGAGAGCGGUGUUGGCAUUGAGGGCUCCAAGUACGGUCUGGCCGAAUAUCAGAACGUCAAGGGGGUCACGAUUGGAAACCUCAACGACUACUAA